AUGUCUCACACGCCUUACCCCAAACUCAUCGGACUAGACACAGAGUGGACCCUUUUCUGGGGUUGGCUCAACCCAGACCAGUACGGCAAAGGUCGCAAGGCUGUCAAUCCAGUGGAGGAUAACUUGGAACCUCACGGCGACUGGACAGUUAGGGAUAAAAGUAACCAUGCGCAUUACAUAAAGCUGUAUCACGACGUUCCAAAGGUCAUCAACGAUAUACUGAAGCAUGGAGCGGAGAUCGCCAUCGUUUCCAACAGCGGAAACAAGGCAAUGGUCGAUCGUGCUUUGUAUUACUUCAAGGCUACCGACAAGAAGGGCUCUAAAAAGUCCAUUAUCCACCUUGUCAAGUACGACGAAGUGUAUUGCGCAAAUUCAAAAGUAAAUCAUUUCAAAAAGAUCAAGAAUGAAAGCGGAAUCGAUUACUCUGAUAUGCUUCUUUUCGACGAUGAGGCAGUCAACAACGAUGUUAGACACGAGCUCGGCGUCACUUUCCAGGUUUCGAGGGAUCAAAAAGGACUAUCUUGGGAGAAUUAUCAGGGUGGGGCCAACAACUAUCACUUUACCCCCGAGCGCGCCGCAUAG